AUGGCCUAUUCGACUCUCGGUCGUGAUCAGAUCCCCGGCCAUGUCGUUUUCGUUCUGCGUCUUCUACCCCAACCAAGAGAGGCCGCCAAUUCGUUCGGAUCGCCACGCGUUAUCAAUGUACUCGCCGCCGGAAAGGAGUCGACUGAUCUCUUUCUCGACGAUUUGACCCUCAAAGAGCCCAGCCAAUUUGACAUUCCCAAUUUCGCCGUACACGCUGCUACCUCCGUCACCCUUACUCUCAAGCGUAUCGCUGAAGCGCUGGAGAACAAGGACAUCAUGUUCAUUCACCCGCAUCCUGGCGUAGUUAGCACAGACUUGUUCAUGAAGAGUUGGGCUCGCAAGUUCGACCCGAGCAAGGCCACAGCUCCGCCUGCUGGAGAUUUUAUGAAGCUUACACCGGACGAAGCUGGUGAAAGAUGUAUAUACUUGGCCACAAGCGCUGAGUUCGGAGGCAAUGGUGUUCCUGUACAGAAUGGGCGACAUACAGCCAAGACUCUGACCCAUGGAGCUAGAGCCUCGCUUUUCUCGAUCAACGACAAGUUUGAGAUUGUCGAACAGGACGAUAUACUUGCUGAUAUUCAGAAGAUGGGUACUCCUCACAAGAUCUGGGACCACACCUUCGAGGUCAUUCACUCUCUUACUGAGUCGGAUUAG